AUGGGAAGGGGCGGCCCAGCCCCGGCCCCUCGGCGUCCGCCCUGGCCUCGCCGCUGGGGCAGGAACCGGGACCGGAGGUUUCCGCCCGGCGCCGCCAAGCCCGCCAGGGGCCUAGCUCGGGCUCCCAAGGGCCCGUCCGCGGCGGCGGGGGCGCGCAGCCGCCUUCCGCCGCCUUCCGGCCCGGCCCGCCGAGCCUCCCCGCGGCGAGCGCGGUGGCGCCCGCACCUGCCCCGCGCCCUGCCGCAGCCCCGGCCAGUCGCUUCACCCACCUGGCGCCCCCGCCGCGCCUCCCGUACGUCACAGCGCGACCCCGUGCCCCUCGGCACCCGCAGCGCGGGAGCGAGCGGACGCCGGGAGACCCUGCUCGGCAGUCGCCGCCGCCGCCCGGUUCGUCGCCAGGCCGCCGACAGCGAACCUGUUGCGCAGCGUGUCACGGCCGCUCGGGCUUCGCGGCGCCGCCUCAGCCCCACAACAACAUGGCGGCCACGGCCUCCGCAGGAAGCCGGGGGGCGGGGAGGUAGGCGACGGGCCGGGCGGCUGACGGCCCGCCCGCCAGCCCGCGGCCGGCACCGACUCCCCCACCGUCGGGAACCCGAAGUUGGCCCGCGCGCGGCUCCUCACCCCCAAGAGUCCCGGGGCACCGAACCCCGCGGGCCUGGUGCCAGAGUUCCGCUCUCCCCUCGGGGAAGCCCCGGGACCCGGCAGCCCUUCCUGGACCAGCGACGGCCCACCUGGCUCCUCCUCCCCGAGAAUGCUUCUCUCAACAUGGAAAAAGCCCAGGAUUGCCCUCAUGGAGAGAGAGGCCACAAAUCCCAGCCUUUCCAGACAUCCCAAAUGAAGUCCCAGAUAUGUGAGUAAGGUCAUCUUAGGCCAUCCAACCCCAGCUGACUGCAGCCACGAAAGUAACCCGGGCAAGACCAGCCCAGCCAACCCAUAGUAUUGUGAGAAAUAAUAAACUUUUGCAAGCCACUGUU